AUGCAGCUCGUCAUCAGUAGAGGAGGACGUUCUCCCGGUGCUUACGAGUCGAACCCAUGCCACAACGAAACGGACAUGCCCUACAGCGGCAUGCCACAGUGGAUGCCCUACAACGAAGUGCCCUACAACGAAAUGCCCUACAACGAAAUGCCCUACAACGAAAUGCCCUACAACGAAGUGCCCUACAACGAAAUGCCCUACAACGAAGUGCCCUACAACGAAAUGCUACAGCGAGAUGCUCUACAACGAAAUGCUCGACAACGAAAUGCUACAACGAAAUGCUACAACAAAAUGCUCGACAACGAAAUGCUCGACAACGAAAUGCCCUACAACGAAAUACCCUACAACGAAAUGCCUUCGAAUCAUUUAUUGCGCAUGCAUCACAUUCGCAUAUUCUACAAUCAAGCCUUCCAUGAGCAAGCUUAG